AUGUUGUCAGAUAUUGCAUGUACUGCUUGGCAUGCUAUGGAAUUAGGAGAAGUCAAACAAGGACAAACUGUAGCAUUAUGGGGUCGUGGUCCCGGAGGACUUAUUGCUAUUAUGUGUGCUAAACAUCGAGGCGUCAAAAGAAUUAUUGCUAUUGAUCAUAUACCAAAACGAUUAGAAAAAGCACAUGAAUUAGGUGCAGAAACUAUUAGUUAUGAUGAACAAUUGAUUAUUCCAACAAUGUUAGAAAUUUGUAAAGAUGGCCCAGAUGUAUGUAUUGAUGCAACAGGUUUUCGAUAUGCAAAAGAGACAAUACAUAAAAUUGAACGUUUAUUAAGAUUAGAAACAGAUGCAACAUCUGCAAUUUAUGAAGCUAUUUAUUUGGUUAAGAAAUUUGAUAAUAUUAGUGUUAUUGGUGAUUAUUAUGGUCUUACUAAUCAUUUUCCAAUUGGUGCAUUAUUUGAUAAAGGUAUUACAUUUUGUGCAGGUGUUGUAUGUGUUCAAAAAUACUAG